CGGAACGGAGCCGUUUACUGAAGGACCUGAGCGGGACAUUUUGAAAACAGGAGCGCGCGGCCCAGUGUGAGGAAUGGUCUCUCGGUUCCAGUUGAAAGAUGGAAGUUCCGAGUCCUGCCGGCUUGUACAGGGAUGUGAAGGUCAUCAAAGUACCGGCUGCCCCCAGUAUUGAGGAUUUCACUAUCAUAAAACCCAUCAGUCGCGGGGCUUUCGGUAAAGUGUACCUGGCUCGGAAAAAACACGAUGAGAAGAAGCUUUAUGCAGUCAAGGUUGUCAAGAAAGCUGAUCUGUUACAUAAAAACAUGGUGCAGCAACUGCAAGCAGAAAGAGCUGCACUAGCUCUUAGUAAAAGCCCUUUCAUUGUGCAUUUGUACUAUUCGUUGCAGUCUGCCAACAAUGUUUACCUUGUGAUGGAGUAUCUCAUUGGUGGAGAUGUAAAGUCUCUGCUUCAUAUUUAUGGCUAUUUUGAUGAAGACAUGGCUGUAAAGUACAUCUCCGAGGUCGCUGUUGCUUUGGAUUACUUGCACAGACAUGGUAUUAUUCAUAGAGAUCUGAAGCCUGACAACAUGUUGAUUUCAAACCAGGGCCACAUCAAGUUAACUGACUUUGGCCUCUCCAGAGUUACUCUGAACAGAGAGAUAAACAUCAUGGAUAUUCUCAACACACCAUCCAUGAUUAAUCCAAAACUGGAUUACUAUCGUACUCCAGGCCAGAUCUUGUCUCUCAUCAGUUCUUUGAGCUUUAACACAGUAGGAGGAAAGACCAAAGAUGCGUCGCCAAUAUUGAGUCCCAUGGUGCGAAACAACAGCAAUCUCUCCUUUGGAUCACUUUGUUCUCCUCUGCCUCAGAGUGCCAAAGCAUGUGACAAAGAGCAUAAGAUAAAAGGUGCUGACAGCUCAUCUUGUAGUCCUUCCCUGCCGGUUCGAUAUCUGACACCAGACUUUGUCCAGUCAAGUAAGAGGUUUGGAGCAUCAACUACCAGCAGCCAAUCCCACUUUUAUCCCUCCAGUAUUGAAUCAGGGUGUUUAAAUAGCCCAUUGUGGGAAAAGGAGGGCUCAGAAGCUGUACAGCUUAUUACUGGAGUGAUGAACACUGGGACUGCUGUAACAGGGAAGUCAACUGGAAAGAAUGGAGAUGAUAAAGAAAAUGUGAGGCUUGCUAUUUCUCCAGCUGAGGAUGAAACCAGCCCAGAAAAUGGGUUCAGUGAAGUCUCUGGGUGCAACCAAAUGCGGGCCACCCCAUUUAACAAUGUAUUGGCCAAGGGCCUUGUCAAAAAAUGUCUUUACAAAAAUGUGCAAAGGAAAGAAGAGAAAUAUACUUCACCUAUAGCUGAGGUGACGAAAGAUGUAGUCAAUAUAUGUCAUAUACCUAGCCCUUCACCUCCUUGGAGGACUAAAGUAGUGGAAAAGUCUGCAAAUUUCAACCAAGGUUUAUGUCUGACCAUCACAGAAGAGACAUUUUCUGAAAAUUUACAUUUUACAGCCUGCCUAAGGGAUGCUUCACCCAAUGCUAGCAAAGGGUAUUGUGGGCAUAGAUUUCAAGAGGAAAGUCAAGAUCAACAACAAAAGUCAAAGAGAACCUUUGAUCAGGUGGACCAGAGUCCAUUUUCAAUCAGCUCUCGCAGGAAGAAAUCUAAUGCUGAGUAUAAACGUGGAUGUGAAAUACCAGAAUUCCAGCCAGUUGUUCACACUGGUUUAACCAGGGAAAUACGGGCACUAGGAUUAGAUCCUGCAGAAUCCAACUGCAAAAGUCCUAAUGUAACUAAUGGGGAUUUCGGAGAGACCAUCAGUAUAUCUGAAAGAAUAUCUGAGGUUACACCUGUCACUCCUUUAGCGAAGAACCUGUUGAGUGAACUGGAUGAACAAUGUGAAAAGGAGAAUUGUGGAGAUGACUUUAAUUGUAGUUUUCAGACUGAUGAGCAUGAUAUGAGUCUAAAAAGAAGCUUGAGUAUGUAUUCAGCCUCUUCAACUCAGGAUGUAUCUUGCACAGAAAGUCAUUCUGAGAAAGCAUUAGACACAAGUAUCAAAGACACUUCAUUUGAGGAGCUCACAAUUAAGGACCAAGUGUCUCCACAGUCUUGCCUCCUUGGUAAAAUGCUGCCUUUUCCUCAGUGUACAGCUCCAAUGCAUCAGCUUGUAAAUGCUGAUAGGAGCCAUCAUAUGGGUCAUUCAACAGAAGGUGGUUAUGACCUUCAACCAUCAUUCAUGGUCAAUCCUUUGACUUCAUAUCAAAACAAGCCUAUUGUAGGAUUUCGAAGUUAUUGUAGUCCAAUAUAUGAAUCUGAUUUGUCCAUACAAUCUAGGAUGAGUGUUGAUUCUGUAGAGAAGAUGGAUACAUCCCUUUGCACUAGUAGCUACCCACGAGCUGCAACACCUUUACCAAGAGCCCAACCAUACAGAGUGACAGGGUCAUCUCAGACUCCACUGCUGACCGCUGUGCAAACCCCUUAUAGAACUCCGAAAAGUGUACGGAGAGGGCCAGCUCCAACAGAAGGGGAUAGAAUCCUGGGCACACCAGAUUACCUGGCUCCUGAAUUGCUCUUGAGAAUGCCACAUGGUCCUGCUGUGGAUUGGUGGGCACUUGGUGUGUGCUUGUUUGAAUUUCUGACUGGCAUUCCCCCUUUCAAUGAUGAAACAUCACAACAGGUCUUUCAGAAUAUCUUGAACAGAGAUAUACCUUGGCCAGAAGGUGAAGAAGAAUUAUCUAAAAAUGCCCAUAGUGCAAUUGAAAUUCUACUGACAAUUGAAUGUUUCAAGAGAGCUGGAUUGAAAGAGCUCAAGAAGCAUCCCCUCUUCCAGGAAGUGGAUUGGGACAAUCUGCAGAAUUGCUCUAUGCCCUUUGUACCACAGCCAGAUGAUGAAACGGAUACAACAUAUUUUGAAGCCAGAAAUAAUGCUCAACACCUCGUAGUUUCAGGAUUCAGUUUGUAGCACCUGCAGCGUGCUGAACCUGAAUACUGUAAGAGAUGAAAGGAAAAUAUGCUAAUUUAUAUUUAGUAGUAACAUUGGAUUCAUUACUGUUGAAUAUGUAUGUACAAUGUCUGGUGCCAGUCAAUACUAUCUUUCAUUUAUUCUUUCAUUAAUAUGCAAUACUGCCAUCUUGAUUUCCAGCUGUAAAUUAUGUUGCUGAAUGGAGGCUUAUCACUACUACUUUUGCAUAAAAAGGAGAGACCUCAAUGGAAGAUUGUGAUCUCAAAGUUGCUUCUGUUCCAUCUUGUCCAGAUAGUAUUAGCGCACUUCAAGGCUAUCCUCAACUGCCUGCAAUUAUCGAAUGAUUCCAGAGAAACAGGGUUGAAAGCUUCAAUUGAAUUAGCUAGUAGAACAUUUAAAGCACCUUAGGAGCUGUAAUGGAUGACAUUAGUAACUUGACACACUUUGCCAAUUUUUGAUUUUAAAGCAUAAUAUCUGGGACAUGGCUUGUCCCUC